GCCCAGUCUUGGUGACGACUCGCCCAUGGAGAGCAGUAGAGUUUAGAUCAGAUGGUGAUCUAAUGAAGCUCUACACAUUCAUUCAUGUUGAGGGUUUCGACAGAGAGAAUUUGUCAGUUUACAUUCACAAAUACUUUCCAAACAAUGAUGAUAAAGCAAAUCAGCUUGUCCAGUUCACCAAUGAUAAUGAUAUCAUAUCUGAAUACAUGGCCCACUAUCCUAUAUAUGUAGCCAUGUUGUGUCUUAUGUGGAAACAACUUGACGAGCCAAAACUAAAGGAAUUGAAAUCACUGAAAACCUUUUCUCAGAUAUUCAAUGAAAUGAUUGGCUUUCUAAAAGAACAUUAUGCUCAGAAAGAGGUGAAGAAAGUAGGCAGCCCCUCACUUAUUGCCUUUUUGAAAAAAAUUGAUGAGCUCCUUGGACCUAUUGCCAAACAGGCCCUCAAUGGUCUGCUAGAAAAUACAUUGGUUUACAGUGAAGAUGAUUUCAAAAUAUGCCCAGAAUCCAAGGACACUGCCUGUCGGGUUGGGAUUUUGUCUCAGGAGGACAGAAUUACCACUAGCAUGGACAUGCAUGAGAGAAAUCCUCAUGUGCAAUUGCCUGUCUUCUUUCCCCACAAACUGUUUCAGGAGUAUAUGGCUGGAGUCCAUCUUGCUUCCCUAUAUGAAUCAAAUCGUAAUGAAUUCAACAGGCUGAUUGAGAAAGUAGUGCUGCCAAGGAAGGAGGAGUUUAGGUAUCUCCUGUACUUCACUGUGUCACAGAACAAAAGCAUUGCAACCCACAUAAUGAAGUCUAUGCUACAGGAUAGAUUCAUGAACAGAUGGACUUCACAGCAGGAACAGAAUAUAGAUUUCAUUGUUGAUUUAGCCUUUGAGAGUCAGGACCCAGAUGUAGCAGCCUUGGUGAAGGCCGGGAUUUCAUCAGAGAAGAGUGUGAUAUGCAUCACGUCAUCAGCACACACUGUAGCUGCUUAUGUAUUCACUGGGGUACAUUUGGUUUCACUCUCAAUUCAGAGAGGAGGUGGACCUACUAAGUCACUUGAUGUGGCUGAGAUGAUAUGCACCAUGCCAUCCUUAAAGAAAGCUUUUCUACACGAAUGA